AUGGGCAGACAAUACGACAAUGAGGAUGCGAGCUCGUCCACAGUGGUUGGCUCCAGCAUAUCUGAGCGUUCAGUCGUUACGAGGUGCCGCAAUAUCCUCGGUUGGUUUGCCGGCCGCCAUCCUAGAUACAACGACUGUCACGAGCAUGUUGGCCAUGACAGCCACAGUGGCGGUCACCGAUGGCUCCGAUCACCACAGGAGGCCCAUUGCUGCGGAGUUGGGAUGUCAGGUAAUGGGGAACUCUCCCCCAUUCCAAUUCCUACUCUAAUUGAUUCAAUGGACCUUGGUCAGGGCCCGUUGUACCAGAACAUCAGGCUCGGCGUAUCCGGUAUGACAUGUAGCGGAUGCGAGCGGGCUCUGCAGAAAGUAUUAGAGAAGAUACCAUCGGCAAAGGACAUCCAUACCGACAUGGCCACCUCUCAAGCUCGUUUCUGCAUCGACAUCAAUACCAUUUCCGUUGACGCGGCUCUCCGCCACGUUCGACGCGCUACUGGCUACAAAAUAAAGCAGAUCGACGAAGCGAACGAUGAAUCCCAGUUUCUAGAUGUCCUGCUCAAAGACCCCGACCGCCCGUUCCGAGGACAAACUCCGCGUGCCGUGCGGAGCUACAGGCAAACCGGGACGGACAACAAAGGCAAGACAGAGGUCCGAAUCGAAUUCGACCCACAUUCCAUCCUCCCGCGAGAUCUCAUGAACAAAUUGGCCGAAGCCAGUGCAGAGCUGGCGCCUAUCCCUCCUCCUGAUUCUGUGUCUACUGGAAGAAGGCACCUCCGACGAGAGUUGAUGUACUUCAUCAUCGCUCUGACCUUCACCCUCCCCGUCUUGGUUUUAGUGUGGGCACCGUUGCACAUUUCGGACUUCAACAAGGAGAUUGCUUGCCUAUUCCUUGCCACCGCUGUUCAGAUCUCGGCCUGGGAGUUCUACCCCAACGCUUUCAAGAGCUUGUUCCACUCCAAGCUGGCCGAUAUGGAUCUCCUCAUUAUACUCAGUACCACUACUGCAUACAUAUUCUCAGUGGCGGCAUUUGCCCGCUACGAAACUGGAGACGAACCAUCAGAUGAUUCUUUCUUCGAGACCAGUACCUUGCUCGUCACCCUCAUUAGGCUCGGCCGGUACAUGGCUGAGCUUGCAAGGCAGAAGGCGACUGAGUCGGUGUCUAUCCGGACAUUGCAAGCACCUACCGCCCAGCUGCUCAUGAAACAUCGCAACGAGACCAAAGAUGUCGAUGUCCGUCUAUUGCAACGGGGUGACACGGUUCGCGUGCCACCCCACACCAGAAUACCCACGGACGGUACUGUCGUAUACGGCGGCUCGCAGGUGGACGAGUCUAUGAUGACUGGGGAAUCGCGUCCAGUUGCCAAGGGAAUCGAUUCUGACGUGACUGCCGGCACUAUGAAUCUGGACGGCCAGCUCGACAUCCGUGUUGAUCGCAUGGCCUGGGAAAAUAGCAUCAGCCAAAUCGGUGCUCUUGUUGACCACACGGAAAUGACGAAGCCGAAGAUCCAGGCUCGUGCUGACAAGGUAGCGGGUUACUUUGUUCCCACCAUCAUCACCCUUUCCAUCACUGUCUUCCUGGUUUGGAUACUGGUGGGCAUUCUUGUCAGCAAGAAGAGUGGAAAGGAUGCGGCAUCCACAGCCGCAUCCUACGCCAUCGCGACUCUCAUAGUCUCGUGCCCUUGUGCCAUCGGUCUCGCUGUUCCUAUGGUCAUCAUCAUCGCCAGCGGAGUGGCUGCGAAACACGGAGUCAUCUUCCGAGCACCGGCAGCUAUUGAGACGGCGCAGGACGUGACACACAUUGUUGUCGACAAAACAGGGACGCUAACAGAAGGCAAGCUAUCCGUCAUAGCUGAAAAAUUCUUAUGCAGGCCUAAGACAGCUACCUUGGGUUGCCUCUUUGGGCUCGUAUCCGGACAGAAACACCCAGUUGCGUUGGCGGUCGCGGAUUGGAUCCGCGCCGAAACAAGUCUCGAGGCUAUAAAGUUCGACAAUAUCACUGCGAUUGUCGGGGGAGGCCUUGAAGGCACACUCGAUGAGGAGAAGAUGGUGGUGCGAGCUGGCAACUGUGACUGGCUGCGAAUCACUUCCUCAGAAGUCUUUAGCUUCACACAUAACCUCACCUCGCCGCCUACACCAUCAACGGAAUCACCUGUCUACCAGCACUCCCUCGACUAUACCAUUUUCGGUGUGACCAUCAACGACGAGCUUUGCGCCCUGUUCGCCCUCCGCGACGUCCUUCGUCCAGAAACACCUGCGGUCAUCUCGGCACUCCAGUCCCGCCACAUCUCAGUCUCGAUUGUGUCGGGCGACGACGCGCGAAACGUCUCGCACUGCGCCGACAUACUCAACAUCCCAGCCUCACAGGCGCUGUCGCGCUGCUCGCCGACGGACAAGGCGGCGUACGUAGCGUCACUCCAAAAGGUGAACGCACGCGACAUCGUGCUCUUCCUCGGCGACGGGACGAACGAUGCCGUGGCGCUCAAGCAGGCGACGAUUGGCAUGAGCAUCGCGGGUGGGACGGACGUGGCGAAGAGCGCGGCAGACAUCGUCCUCGCGCGGCCGGACCUGCGCGGCUUGCUCAUUGCGCUGGACGUGUCGAGACGGGCGGUCAGGCGCGUGCGGUUCAACUUUACGUGGGCGGCCGUCUACAACCUCUUCGCGGUGCUCCUCGCCGCGGGUGCCUUUGUUUCGGUCAAGAUGUCUGGUGGAGCGGCAGAGCUCGCGAUUCCGCCUGCGUUUGCAGGACUGGGGGAAAUCGUGAGCAUCCUGCCCGUUGUGCUCAUUGCCUUUUCGCUGCGGUUUGCAAAAUUUUCGCGACAUGGCGGGGAGAUGGGGCGAAUGGGAUGA